AUGGUUACUCGACGCUUCACUCAACUGCCAACCAGCGAUGACGACGACGAUGAACCUCUUUCCAAGCCACACUCCACUUUACCAAACCUCGUCGACGAUAACGCUUCCAACCGCCGCAAAAGGAAGGUGCUGAACCUUCAAGAGGAAGAGGAUGAGGAAGAAGAAGAACAGGCAAACGUGAACGACAAAAAGAUGAAGUUGAAUGGUGAUGAUGGUGAGAAGGAGGAAGAGGAAUCGUCCAGUGAAGAAGAGGAAUCGCCAUUGGAGGAUGCUAAACCUGUUGGUGGACCGGUUAGGGUUUCCGGAAAAGGAAGAGGCAUGAAGAGUCAUUUUCAGUCAUUUGAAUUCGACGAUAACCUAUACUCACUUGAGGAUCCUGUGCUUCUUGUGCCUGAGGGUAAAGACCAAAAACCGUAUGUGGCAAUUAUUAAGGACAUUACACAAUCCCUAGAUGGCAGCUUGAAGAUUACAGGGCAGUGGUUUUACCGGCCAGAUGAAGCGGUCAAAAAGGGAGGUGGUAGCUGGCAAACUAGUGACACCAGAGAGCUGUUUUAUAGUUUCCACCGUGAUGAGGUUCCUGCGGAAUCUGUUAUGCAUAGGUGUGUGGUGCAUUUUGUUCCCAUACACAAACAGCUUCCGAAUCGUAAGGAACAUCCUGGGUUUAUUGUGCAGAAGGUUUAUGACACAGUAGAAAUGAAAUUGUGGAAGCUUACAGAUAAAGACUAUGAGGACAAUAAACAAGCAGAAAUUGACGAGCUUGUUCAGAAAACUUUUCAAUGUUUGGGUGAGCUACCUGACAUCGAGACUGAUGAAGCUCCUGCUGAUCAGGAAGAUCUGAUUGGAAAUAAAAGAAUCUUAAAGAAAAAGAGUAUUUCACCUCUUGAUGUUUCAAGAGAGGACGGAACAUCUCGAAGGAGUGUCCAACCUCUGAAAGUUGAAACACCAAGGACUUGUUUAGCUAAUACCUCAGAGCAUUAUCGUAUAUUAGUGAAAUUUAAUGCAUUGACAGGUGAUACCUAUCGUGACAAUGGUUUGGUGAAGUUGCUUCAAGAUGUUCAGAACUUGUUUCAUACUGAUGACAUCAGAAAGAAAAAAGAGAAAUGCAGUGACAGUUCUGAUGCAAUUAACAAUGGAGGCACCAAUAAAGCUUUAGAAAUAGAAAAUGAGUGUAAAGACAAAGUUCUGAAGAUUUCCAAGUCUUUUAUCUGGCCAGAUGCUGCUGUUCCAGCUGUAGUUGCUCUAGAGAAUGCUUUACACGAUACACUUUCAUCAGAUUCUCAAAAAUACAGCCAAAAACUACGACAAUUAGCAUUUAAUCUAAAGAUCAAUCCAUUUCUGUUAACCCGUCUAUUAAAUGGAGAGCUAGAAGCUUCAAAAAUAUUAACUAUGACACCUACUGAAUUGAAGGAGGGUUUGACUGCUGAUGAAAUAUCCAAGAAUGAACCUGACGAGCCACAACACAUGCAGAUGACGGACACUCGCUGCAAACGUUGCACAGAGCAGAAGGUGGGCGUGAGGGAUAUUAUCCGCGCAGGACACGCUGAUCGAUAUAUGCUGGAAUGUAUCGAAUGUGGUUAUUCCUGGUCUGCCUCUCGUGAUGCGGUGUCCAUGCUGACAUUAGAUACAUCAGAUUCAAAAAGAUAUGUAGGCACAGCCCCAUGGGCCACUGCAAAAUUUGAAAAUGUCAAGAAGAAGCUGGCGACUCCACGUGAAACCGACAAGUCGGCCAAUGACAUCUUUAUGCCGCCUGUAUUGGAAGCACAUAAAUCAUUUGGCAAGUCAAGGAAAGAUGAAAACAUGGAAGCUUCAAAACGUGGUGACUAG